AUGGCUGACGCAACUGAACCGGACUUUGCAACGUUACGCGCGAUCGUUAAACGCAAAGUUGAUGAUCAUGAAAAGCUCAAACCGCUUUUCAAGUACUUACGAGGGGCGCACGAUGAAGAGAGCAUCUACAUUUCACAAGAAAAAAUGGAACAAUUCCGUAUACGCUUGUCAAACAUGGACCUAGAUGAAGGUGGCCGUUUCUUUAAACCUAUUACGAUGUCGGAAUUCAAAUCCUGGAACUAUGACGAGAGGCAUGAGAGGGAGAUCGACUGGGAUUGUGAGAACUGGCGGAUGCGAGAUGCUGAAGCCAUUUACCAUAAGUGCUGGGACCUAAUCAAGUCUGAAAUACCAGAACAUGCUCAAACUGAGGAAAAGAUCCUCUUUUUGGAUUAUACCCCAUGGCGCAGCGUCAUAAUUCCUCAUACACGGAUGGGGGGUAACUUUGCCAACUUCUUUCCCGACGAACGGACAGACUGGGUGGCCCAAACCGAACUUGAUCUUUACGAGAGCCGCCCGUCUGAUAGUCAUGUCAUCUCGUUUUCUACACAUGGCCUUCGCCCUGAUAAAAGCAUGGAAUCAAGGCUUGCUCGAAGUGAAAUAUUGGUGGCCCUUGAUAUAAUGAUGCAACGGAUGCUAUGGCUCCCACAUAUCACUAAUCAUAUUUUUCCAGUGCUCAUGAUUUCCUGCUUUAACCGACAAUUCCGUGCAAAUGAAGUAUACCUUGAAAAUGGAACAUUGCACUUCAACUGUACUCCGUUCAUUAAUUUGGAGACAUUUGACCAGUAUAAAUAUCAGCUGCUAGUCCGCUGGUCAUUGGCCCAGCCAAUUGGUACAACAACUACAUAUCCAAAUUUACAGAAACUGCCAGAUGGCUUUGAAAAAUUCAUAGCUCUGGGAGAUGGCAAGCGGAAGAUCAAGAAGCAGAACGCAAAGCCAACACCUAAACCGGCGGUAAAGAGACUAGAAGAACUCAAAAGGAAAUAA